AUGAUGCAAACGGAGGACAUCUUACCCGUCAUUGCUCUGCAAGAUGACAUUGAAGCUCAAGAUGUCCAUAUUCCACCCCAGUGUAAACAGUUUAAAGGCUGUAUUGCACAAAACAGAACACUGGUCCAGAAAGGAGAAGCCUUUGCAUAUAUGAACCUCAAUGAUGAGGUACUAUAAUUACAAUGCUAUCACAUUUGUAUUUGAUACUGCCACAGUGGUGGAAAUUCAAGUCUUCUGAGGGAGCCUGGGGGGGCUAAAGCCAUCAACUUGUUUGACAAAUCCCCAGUCCACAAUAUUAUGAAAUAUUCUUGCUGUGUGUGACCACUACAACCAGAAUGCUUAGCAUGUAUUUGCUAUCUUUUUCUGUUAAAAACUCACUAAGCAUUCUGAUUAUAAUGGCCACGAACAAUAAGAAUACAUCAUAAUGCAUUUAUAAGGUUUAUUAAAAUGUAACUGUAGGGUCAACAGAAUAUUUAACAGCUAAAAAUUUCAACAGCAUACCAUUGCAUUUCAGAUAUGUUUUGGACGAUUUUGCACAUCAGUGCAAUUCUCCCACGAAGAACAGCCAGCAAAUUGGGUUCUGCUAACACCAUACACCCCUCUAAGAGCAGCUGAUGGUGAUGUUCUUUAUGGGAAGUUUCGAUCUCCCAUUCUUGAGGAAACAGAAGGAAAGGCGCUUGUUAGAGCCAACGCUGUGUUGGAGAAGGUCAACAUGGUCCACAACUGCGAUCACAGAUGUGCCUUCACCAUCACUGAUCAUCACUGUGCUGAAGAAAGAGAGAUGGUGACAACAGAAAGGUGUGUCUUUCAGCAUGAUAUGGCUAACAAAACAUAUCUGAUAAACAGAUUUUAUCUUGGUGAGACAUGGAAAUACAUUCCCGACAUGGCUCAUGAUUGA